AUGACUUCAAUAGGUCAAGAUCUUAUUUUUGCCUCUCUUCUCUUCUUCUUGCUUCUCUAUCCUUCUCUUGGUGUUGAUGUUGUUGGUGCUGGUACUGGUGCUGGUGCUUUGAACUCUGCUCUCUUCCCUCCUGCUCCUCCUCCCCCCAACUAUUUUCGCAUUUUUGACCAUUUGGCAAGUCUUUUCUCUGACUCUCACUUCCUCCUGUCUGAUCCUCUCCUUCUAGCUCCCUUCCCUCCUCUUCCCUCAAGAAUUUUCACUAUUUGUUCUCUUGCCUCUUCCUCCUGUAAUUUUCGCAUUUUUGCCUGUUUUGUAGUUAUUAGUUUACAUGUAUUGUAGUAGUUGAAAUAUAAUUUGGAAUUUUCGCUUU